AACAAGCGCUAAAUAUGGCGGAGUACGAUCUUACUACCAAGAUCGCUCAUUUUUUGGACCGGCAUUUAGUUUUUCCUUUGCUGGAAUUCCUUUCUGUAAAAGAGAUAUACAAUGAGAAGGAGCUCCUUCAGGGGAAGCUGGAUCUCCUCAGCGACACCAACAUGGUGGAUUUCGCCAUGGAUGUGUACAAAAACUUGUACCCUGACAAGGAGAUCCCAAACUCCUUGAGGGAGAAGAGGACCACUGUCGUGGCCCAACUCAAGCAGCUGCAGUCUGAGACUGAGCCCAUCGUCAAGAUGUUCGAGGACCCUGAGACGACGAGGCAGAUGCAGUCCACCAGAGAUGGAAGGAUGCUGUUUGAUUAUCUGGCUGAGAAGCAUGGCUUUCGCCAGGAGUACCUGGAUACUCUGUAUAGGUAUGCCAAGUUCCAGUACGAGUGUGGAAACUACUCAGGAGCUGCUGAGUAUCUCUACUUCUUCCGUGUUCUGGUUCCUUCCACAGACAGAAACGCUCUCAGCUCCUUAUGGGGGAAACUGGCCUCAGAAAUACUUAUGCAGAACUGGGAGGCGGCCAUGGAGGACCUCACCCGGUUAAGGGAGACCAUCGACAACAAUUCCGUCAGCUCGCCACUCCAGUCCCUGCAGCAGAGGACCUGGCUCAUCCACUGGUCCCUCUUUGUCUUUUUCAACCACCCCAAAGGCCGGGACAACAUCAUCGAGCUGUUCCUCUACCAGCCACAGUACCUCAAUGCCAUUCAGACCAUGUGCCCUCACAUACUGCGCUACCUGACUACCGCCGUCAUCACCAACAAGGACGUUCGGAAGCGGCGACAGGUUCUCAAGGACCUGGUGAAGGUCAUCCAGCAGGAGUCUUACACAUACAAGGACCCCAUCACGGAGUUUGUGGAGUGCUUGUACGUCAACUUCGACUUCGACAGUGCACAGAAGAAGCUGCGGGAGUGUGAGUCGGUGCUGGUGAACGACUUCUUCUUGGUGGCUUGUCUGGAGGACUUUAUUGAGAACGCUCGCCUCUUCAUCUUUGAGACCUUCUGCCGUAUCCACCAGUGCAUCAGCAUCAGCAUGCUGGCGGACAAGCUGAACAUGACCCCCGACGAGGCAGAGAGAUGGAUCGUCAACCUCAUCCGCAAUGCCAGGCUGGACGCAAAAAUAGACUCCAAACUGGGCCACGUGGUGAUGGGGAACAACGCCGUGUCACCCUAUCAGCAGGUGAUUGAGAAGACCAAAAGCCUGUCCUUCCGCAGUCAGAUGCUGGCCAUGAACAUCGAGAAGAAACUGAACCACAACAAUCGAAACGAGACUCCAAACUGGGCCGCCCAAGAUUCUGGUUUUUAUUAAAUUAAGUAAAUGAGGAUGAAGAACUUUGCCCCCCCCCCCCUUCCCCACCCCCACCAGACCAUCCAGGCAGCAGAAGCUUGCAUUUUUGGUACAUCUGACAGUAGUUUCUCACACCAGGUCAUUUUUUGUUCAAUAAACAUUUCUUCAAACUGG